AUGGAGGAUGCAGAUAAGUUGUGCGAGUCGCUUUUGUUGUGGUUGGAAAAGCGAAAGGAGUGUGCUGAUAAGCUGUCGGCUCUGGCGCAAGAAUUGGAAGAUCUGCACAAGAGCAGCAACAUCUCUCAAGUUGUCGGAACGGCCACAUCUGUGCUCUCAAUAUUUGCGGCAGCGCUCGCCACUGUCUUCACAGGAGGUCUGGCUGCCCCUCUACAGGCCGCCGCUGCAGCGGGCAGUGUAGUCAGCAUCACAUCCACAUUGGUAGAGGCGGGCGUCUCCAGCAGUACCAUGAAUACAGCUACUGCUUUAAUCACAGAAGAUCAGAAGAUUGGGAAGAACAUUCAGGAGCUACUGCGAGGUUUGAGGGAGAGGUGUGGAGGGAAGCAGCUUGGGGCUCACGCCUCUGGAGGUUCCACCUCUGAUACUGUGGAAUGUGAGGUGGCCACUCUACUUAUGGGGGCUCUGGCUGGACGAAAUAAGAUUCCGGUUCCUCUGGACAUGCUCAGAAGCUUCAACAGGGCCACGUUCUUUCAUCAGGAAGGUGGAUUGAAUUCUGCUGAUGCCCAUGGCUUAAUUUCCAAAGCUGUUGGCCUUGUUGUCAAUCUAGGCAAGAGCGGAAUGAUUGAGGUUUCAAAAGUAUCAGCCAAAGAAAUGGUGAAGGACAUGGGAUCCAUUGGCAUGAGAACUGCUGUUAAAACAGGAUCAAGGCUGCUGGGCAUGAUUGGUUUAGAUGUGCCUCUGUAUGACUUGAUUGUGAGGUGUGAAGAAAUGGUGAAGGGCAAUCAGGUCACGGAAGCCAGCCAGUUCCUACGGGAUUCAGCAAGGGAAAUACUGGAAGCCGGGAGCAAGCUGAAGGACCAGCUGAAUGCAAUGCAUGAGAUCAUCCAAAAAUUGCUGCGAGUGAAGAAGCUUGUAAAGGAUUUGGGGGGAUAUUCCCUCACUAUGACUGAGGCUGACCAAAACAUCAUGAAUUACAUCAUAGCAACAUGCCCUGACAGCACGGUGGUCUCUUGGCUUCUGCAGCCCAAUCGUCAGACUGAAUUUCUGAACCUCAUUCGUUUUUUUGACGAGAAGUUGAUUGGCCUUCUUGAAGAUUUGCGGAAGCCUCAAGGAAGUCACGUAGACAUUGUGUUUGUGGCUCAUGGCGAAAUCACUGACCAAUUUAUGCCAGCAAGUUGCCUGGUUCCCCCACCUAUCAUCACUGAAACCAUUCUGUACUCUCCGUGGAACUGCAAAAUUGACGGCUACGCUGCAUAUUCAAUUGCUCAAGGGAACAUUGGAUUGAGGAAUAGAGUUUUUCAUAAUAAUAAUAAUAUAGUUCAAUUUGAGCCAAACCCUUUGCCCGAUUGCUGGAAUCGCAUGCGAGAAUCACGUCUCGGCAUCCCAAUGAUCCUUCUGAGCCCUGUGGGUCCUGAAGACGGAGCGUGGAGAGAGUUUCAGGCGCUACAAGAAGGACACAUUGAAAUAGAUGGCCGUGUUAUUAUUCCAUAUAUUGUCCCACAAGCUUCUGUAACUGCGUAUGGGAAGAUUCCUUUGUAUGUGUUUAUAUUCGCGUCAUGGUUUACACUCAUGGUGGCCAACGGAACAAGAGCCACUGUUCACCUGGCUGCUUGUUUGGAACGUGCGGGAAGCACGCCAAGGCCACAGGAGUGGCGGGCACAAUACGCCUGGACAAAUGAUGGAACCUUAAUGACCGUAAACGUAGAUACGGUGAAUGUGAACCCUGUGUUAUUCAGAGCCUUUAGAUCCAUGUUUGACAGAAAUAUUAGAUGAAUGACUGUCAUGAAGUCAACAACAGCUGGAUCGUUCCUGUUAUGCAACCUGUAGCAAACUAAAAAUUAAUUUAGCAUUUUUCUUUAUAUGUUUAGGCUAGAUGAUAUGCUCCUUAACUUUAUUUGAACUUGGGAAGCAUCUAUAGUUAAUCACUGAGAUUUAUUUUGGUUUCUUUACU